GGGCGAAGUGACCAGGCGGCGGCGGCAGUGGCGCCUUGACUGAGGUGACAAUGUGCUAGGAGCCCUCGCUCCGUGUCCUGCUCCUCCUUGGCCUCGACAUCCGCUAUCCCUGCGCCCAACCAGCCCUCCAGCCCGCCGCUGCGCUAUGAGGGCUCCUCUCCCGGGCUGGUCGAGGCCGGAGCCCGCACGCUCUGCUCGCGGGGAAGUGUGAAGGGAGAGGCGCGGGCGGGAGCCGUGGGGCGCGCGGCGCUCGCGGGCGGCUUCCAGGUGAGCGCGGGCUCGGCGCGCCGGCUACUCGGAGCCGUCGGCCGGCGCCUGCUGAGCUGGCUGCGAGUGUCAAGUCCGGACGUGCACGCCAAUCGUUGCCUCUUCGUGGGAUCCUUGGCCACGGAUAGCAGAUGCAUUUGUAGGAGUAUUCCGAGGAUGAAUGUUUGCAAAUAAUUUUGAAAUUGUCAAGCACCAUAUACAUGGGAUGCAUCCUGAUUUCAUCCUGGAGUUCCAGUCUGUGGCUUGGCUUUCUCACCGUCUCAUCUGUCUUCGAUCUGUGCGUUAACUAAAAAUCUAGGGACGACAUGAGGAGAUUUGUUUACUGCAAGGUGGUUUUAGCCACUUCGCUGAUGUGGGUCCUUGUCGAUGUCUUCUUACUCCUCUACUUCAGUGAAUGCAACAAAUGUGACGACAAGAAGGAGAGAUCUCUGCUUCCUGCGCUGAGGGCUGUUAUUUCAAGGAACCAAGAAGGACCUGGAGAAAUGGGAAAGGCUGUGCUGAUUCCUAAGGAUGACCAGGAGAAAAUGAAAGAGUUAUUUAAAAUCAAUCAGUUUAAUCUUAUGGCCAGUGAUUUGAUUGCCCUGAACAGAAGUCUGCCAGAUGUAAGAUUGGAAGGAUGCAAAACAAAAGUCUACCCUGAUGAACUGCCAAACACAAGUGUAGUCAUUGUGUUUCAUAAUGAAGCUUGGAGCACUCUCCUCAGAACGGUUUACAGUGUUAUAAAUCGCUCCCCACACUAUCUACUCUCUGAGGUCAUCUUGGUAGAUGAUGCCAGUGAAAGAGAUUUUCUCAAGUUGACAUUAGAGAAUUAUGUGAAAAAUUUAGAAGUUCCAGUGAAAAUUAUUAGGAUGGAAGAACGCUCUGGGUUAAUACGAGCCCGCCUUCGUGGAGCAGCCGCUUCAAAAGGGCAGGUCAUAACUUUUCUUGAUGCCCAUUGUGAAUGCACUUUAGGAUGGCUGGAGCCCUUGCUGGCGAGAAUAAAGGAAGACAGGAAAACAGUUGUAUGCCCCAUCAUUGAUGUGAUUAGCGAUGAUACCUUUGAGUAUAUGGCUGGGUCAGACAUGACUUAUGGGGGUUUUAACUGGAAACUGAAUUUCCGCUGGUAUCCUGUUCCCCAAAGAGAAAUGGAUCGAAGGAAAGGAGACAGAACAUUACCUGUCAGGACCCCUACUAUGGCUGGUGGCCUAUUUUCUAUUGACAGAAACUACUUUGAAGAGAUAGGAACUUACGAUGCAGGAAUGGAUAUCUGGGGUGGAGAGAAUCUUGAAAUGUCUUUUAGGAUUUGGCAGUGUGGAGGAUCUUUGGAAAUUGUGACAUGCUCACAUGUUGGUCACGUUUUUCGGAAGGCAACUCCAUAUACCUUCCCUGGUGGCACCGGUCAUGUUAUCAAUAAGAACAACAGGAGACUGGCAGAAGUUUGGAUGGAUGAAUUUAAAGAUUUCUUCUAUAUUAUAUCCCCAGGUGUUGUCAAAGUGGAUUAUGGAGAUGUGUCAGUCAGAAAAACACUAAGAGAAAAUCUGAAGUGUAAGCCCUUUUCCUGGUACCUAGAAAACAUCUAUCCGGACUCCCAGAUCCCAAGACGUUAUUACUCACUUGGUGAGAUAAGAAAUGUUGAAACAAAUCAAUGUUUAGACAACAUGGGCCGCAAAGAAAAUGAAAAAGUGGGUAUAUUCAACUGUCAUGGUAUGGGAGGAAAUCAGGUAUUUUCUUAUACUGCCGACAAAGAAAUCCGAACCGAUGAUUUAUGCUUGGAUGUUUCUAGACUCAAUGGACCUGUAAUCAUGUUAAAAUGCCACCAUAUGAGAGGAAAUCAAUUAUGGGAAUAUGAUGCUGAGAAACUCACCUUACGGCAUGUUAACAGUAACCAAUGUCUUGAUGAACCUUCAGAAGAAGACAAAAUGGUGCCUACCAUGCAGGACUGUAGUGGAAGCAGAUCCCAACAGUGGCUGUUAAGGAACAUGACGUUGGGGGCAUGAAGCCUGAAGAUAUUUUUCCCCAAGCCAUGGAAGGGUGUCUACACUUUUGUUUUCCAUUAUUUCAACUAGGGGGAAAUAUCAACUUUGCGUAAUUGAAAGUUUUAAAAUCCUUUUAGUAUUCUAAGAUACAGUUGUUUCUAAUUCAUUUUUAGGAAUGUUUGCUUAUUUCCCUACUGAAAUUUGUAUCUGAUACAGAAGCACAUAAAAUGGUAUAAAGAACAACAAACUGUUAUUAAACAUCAAAACAACUUGAAGUAUGAAUUGUGUCUGUUUUAAAAAAAGUCUUUAUUGCUUUCAUCCCACAGAGUCAAUUGGGGGGCAAUAUUUUCUUGAUAUAAUAAAUGAAAGAGAGACAAUGUAAAAUAUCUUAAAAUAUUUUCAUUAUAAUAUAUUACAAAUUCUUUUAUAAACAUCUUGUUUCUACUGGACCGUCAUGGAAAUACGUUUCAUUUCUAAAUCAACAGCAAGUUUAUAUAUUAUGUCUGAACAGUGAAUUCAUCACACAAACACAUACUACAAAAUAAGCUUUGUAAAAGGAAAAACAAACCAUUGCUAUUGGACUCAAUCCUUAUAAAUGCAUCACAUUUAAACAA